UUGCAACCAUGGCACCUCUCUAUUCCUCUCUGCGGGCCAUGGCAGACAUGGAGAAAUAUUCCGACCUUACGAUAACUUGUCAGGGCCGGGUCUUCCACGUCCACCGCAUCAUCCUCUGCUCUCAGUCCAAGUUUUUCGAAAAGGCUUGUGGAGGACCUUUCAAGGAGGCAUCCACCAACACGAUCGAUCUGCCGGAGGAUGAUCCGGACCUUAUCCAGAAGCUCCUCGACUUUGCUUACACCGGGGAUUACAACACCAGUGCAGUCCCGAUUCGAUCGGCAUUAUAA